CUUUGUAGAUGUUGCAAUAUCAAUGCCAGAGAAAAGAGCCGGUAUCCGCUUCACAGAGGAACUUGGGAACUCCUCAAAUUGAAGAUUUGGCUGUAAGUAGUCUGGCUAACUAUUUUUUUCAUUACCAAUAGGCUACUCAUCUCUUUCGAUUAAUGUGCAAGUAAAUAUGUUAAAGAUCAUGCUACAAGGUGAUGGAUAUGCAUUUUAAGACUCCCCCAGAACCUAUCCCGAUGGAUUAUUAACAGUGCAUUUUAGUACACUCCAGUUCUAUGUCUUCCGGACAGAUAAUGGAAACGCUUCGAACGGUGUUGGUCGCGCACUGCUCAAGGAAGUAUCUUUAGGCUAAAAGAUCUGAACACAGACGGGGGGCAUCAUUUCAGCAUCCGAUACUGCGACAAUAAGGGAAACAAAUAGCAUACUUUUCAUCAACAUAUGAGACGUUUUGAGACGCUAAUAUGAAUACAACAAUGGAGCACACUGGAAUUGAAGAGGUAAACCAGACACACCAGCAGCACGAGCCCAUCAGCUUUGGAAUAGACCAGAUUCUGAACAGCACGGACCAGUCCAGCAGCUGCAUGCUGCCCAACCGAACCAGCGACACGGAUUACACGCUUGCCCCAAACGUUUACACCAAUGGCUAUAACAGCGUCUAUAACCCGGCCUGCUCUAUGGCGGCUGGACUCGCAGGUUCCUAUAACGUGAACAUGAACAUGAAUGUCAGCAUGAACAUGAACGUUAACGUGAAUGGUGGGAACGCCGGUGGUGUUAUCAGGGUGCCAGCUCACAGACCCAUGCCACCGAAUCCACAUCAGCCCCCGCCUACCCAUCCACCUGGCUUCGCGGGUGGCAUCACCUCAGUGACUUCAAUGCCAAGUAUGGGAAAUGCAGCAAACUUUACCUUCCCGUGGAUGGAGAGCAGUCGAAGGUUCGCAAAGGACAGACUCACUGCGGAGCAGGCAGAGGACAGACAAGCAGGAGACCCCAGUGGGAGGCCAGGAGCCCCCCCGGCCCUGCCAGGCCUCUGCCCUCUCCCCAAGGGGGACAUCGGCAGGGUCCCUACCUGGAGCUCUAUGGAGACAUUAGCCAAACACUAUUACCCCGAACUCGCUCACCUGCGAGACACCGGCCCAUUUGCAGACUAUCCCUUUCGAAAGGGUACUUGUCCAGCAGCCCUUUCUCCCUUCUCGGUGACCCGGCGCAUCGGCCACCCCUAUCAGAACCGGACGCCACCCAAAAGAAAAAAGCCCCGCACCUCAUUCAGCCGUGUGCAGAUCUGCGAACUUGAGAAACGCUUUCACCGACAGAAAUACCUGGCAUCGGCAGAGCGCGCCACCCUGGCCAAGGCCCUGAAGAUGACAGACGCACAGGUCAAAACUUGGUUCCAGAACAGGAGGACAAAAUGGCGGAGACAGACAGCUGAGGAGCGCGAAGCAGAGAGACAGCAGGCCAACCGUCUGAUGCUGCAGCUCCAACAGGAGGCCUUUCAGAAGACCCUGAGCCAGCCCCUGCAGCAGGACCCCUUGUGCCUGCACAACUCCUCCUUGUACGCCCUACAGAACCUACAGCCCUGGGCGGAGGACAACAAGAUCAUAUGUGGACUUCUUGGCGUGGACAGACAUACAUUUAGUUCCACUGAAAUGGACAAUGAUCAAUGAGUCUUCUAAGUUUUUUCAGACCUGAUUCUGUCAAGUAAUUUUCCUACCUUACACUAGAUUUUCACUCUCCCUUCAGCUGUCGGUCUAAACAGAGGACGGAGCUAAAUCCUACCUGAAAUCUAACGGACACAUCAGUAGAUGCCUACCAUCAAGACUGUCCUGUUGCCAACAGGGAAGCACUGACUCUCAGCCAUAUGGCAACAAAACUGGAUCUGAUUCCUUUAACUGGAUCGGAUUCCUCUAACUGGAUCUGAUUCCUUUGCGUUUGGCUUUGUACAAUGUAGUAAUGCAUGUUUCCGAUAUUUCUGUGUGCAC